GUCUGAAAGGAGCUCCUGGGGCCAUCUCAGACCCAUCAUAUUUUAAUGCUUAGCAGGACCAUCAAGGGUUUGGGGUGACCCCCUAAUCAACCUGAUAUUUUUGACACACUGUGUGUUUUAGUUGAUUAUGGGAAUGCAGUGGAUAUAAUGAACAUUGACUUCAGCAAAACAUUUGACAAAUAUCAAUGAAAUCCUGGUGAAGAGAAAGGCAACCUGUGGCUGGCCUACACUACCAUUAAAUGGAUAGAGCCUGUGGAGAGCUCAAACUCAACAAGGGCUUAUUAAAGGAUGCAGAUCUGAUUGAAAGGAAGUGAGGAAUUGCAGGGCUCCAUUUUAGGCGUUGUGCUGUUUGACAUAUUUAUAAUUAAGUUAAUUUAGGAGUUAGAAAGCAUUGUAAUCAGUUUUGGACAUGAUACGAAAUGAGGGGAUAUAAAAUAUUACAGAGGGCAGAAUGAAGAUUUCAAAAGAUCUUUAAAAGCUGGAAUCAGGAUGAUUCAUUUCAACAGGGAUAAAUGCAAAGUCCAAAGUAUGUGUAGAAACAGGGAAUCAAACGCUGCAGGAUAGUAUUGGGGUCCCCAACCCCCCCCCCCGUCUGUGUACAGGUACCAGGCUGUGGCAUGCCAGGAACCAGUCCCCACAAAAAAGUAAUGCUGCAUCCAUGAGAUGCAGGCAGUACACAGAACCACGCCCCCUCCGGUCCACAGAAAAAACUCUCUCCACAGAAUCAGUCCCUGGUGACCAAAAGGUUGGGAACCUCUGGUAUAGAAAAGCCAUACAGGAUCCUGCAGAAGGAGGUUACUAUGGACCCUCUGGGCAGGCAGAAGAUACAGGCCAGGUCUUUAUGAAUCAGAUGAGCAGAGAGGCUACCAGAGAGGCCUGCAAGAGUGAUGGGGGGGGGCAAUUAUCCUGGCAUCCUGGUCCUCCCUUGCUGACAACUUCAUUUGGUGAAAGAAAGAGCAAGAUGGAGCUAACCCAGAAUCCCAGGCCGAGUUCAGCACCUCGGAGCUCCCUCUGGACCUUCUCAGGGUGGUCUCUGCUGCCCUCCCCAGGCUGGGCUUCUCUCUCCAAAGCUUCACAGAGCUGCUGUGGGGCGCACGGCAGGGCUGGUCCUCGUGAGCCUCCUCAUUCCUAUGGGUGUCGUCUGAAUUCGGAAGGGGCCAGGCGGGGACCCGGGUUUCGGCAGCCGGAAGAGAGGCGGGAGAAGCGAAGCAGUAACGCCGGAACCCAGCUGGCGGCUGCUAUGCCAAUAAAACAAGGCUUCUGUUGCCCCAGAAACGCUUCCUUCCCCCCGUCGGGGAAUCCCGGCCUCCAUGCCGCCGCUGUUCUUCUGCCCGACGGGAAUCCCACGAAGUGCUCCCUGCUCGGCACCUGGAAGAAUGACCUCAACUCCACCAUGGAGAUCCCCAGCGUCAGUAACACGGGGGUGUUCAGCGGCCUCUACAAAACGGAAGUCUCGAGCUCCGGCAAGCCCGUCCCGUCAUCCCCGCUGCAGGGCAUCCAGCACCUGGGGUCUCAACCCACCUUUGGCUUCACCGUCAGCUGGAAAGUCACUGAAUCCAUCACAGUCUUUGUGGGCCAGUGUCUGAUGGACGAGAACGGAAAGGAGCAGCUGAAGACAACCUGGCUACUGCGUGCGAAGUGUCUCUUGAGAGGACGACCAACGGUUUGCCUCUCUGGAGGAUGUUUCCGCAGCCAGGGCUGAGCAGCUCCUGCGGGGGAGGCUGGAGACCCCAUUUCUGCCACUCCCCCCACAAAGAAACAGAGCAAAGCUUUUGAGGAGGUUCCCCAGAUCGCUCUCACUGACAAGUGUGGUUUGGGUGGCAACACAGUCUGGGUUGCCCACUGCUGGCAACACUUGGACAGUUGGCAUAAAUUGCUCUACUCAAAUUAAAGAGCAGUAGUCCAGCACAGCCCCCACAUUUGUAUGGGGCAAAGAGGCCACCUGGGUGCCUUCCCCCAGCACAAGGCCUGCAGCUCUUCUGCUCCCCUCCAAAGAGGCCACUUUUCUGGCCACCUGGAGGGAGCUGCUUCAAGGGAGCCCCAAACACCGAGGAGAC